CACCGGGAAAAACCCUGAUUGGCUGAUUUCUCCUCGCUGCUGCGCGUCUGGCACAAAUAUUUAACAAUGCAAAGUGUGUGUGUGCGGUAGUAGUGUCAGCGUGCGUGUGUGCGGUAGUAGUGUCAGCGUGUGUGUGUGUGUGCGGUGCUAUUCUGUCUGCGCGUCUGCCUGUGGCAGGUGUGACAGUGCCUGGGCUAUCUGUGGAUGACACUCAAUACACACCUGCGGGCAGAUCAUGAUUUUACAAGGAAGCAACAUUAUGAAUAUUAAUCCAAGUGCCAACUCCCACUCCCAUCAUCAUCAACCUACCUGGACUGCUCCCUACCCUACAUGUGAUGGAUUCUUCACGGGUCAGUGGCAUGACAUCCAUCCUCAGUACUGGACUAAGUAUCAGGUCUGGGAGUGGCUGCAGCAGUUCGUGGACACCAAUCAGUUGGACGCCACUUGCAUCCCUUUCCAGGAGUUUGACAUCACCGGGGAACGCCUGUGCAGCAUGACCCUGCAGGACUUCACGCAGGCCGCGGGCGCCGCCGGGCACAUCUUGUACAGCCAUGUGCAAAGUCUCAAGUGGCACGGCCAAUAUGGGAAUCAAGUUCUUCAGUCCCUCAAUGUCGUUAUUAAGACAGAGCAAACAGAUCCUGGACCGAUUGCUCCCUGGAAAGAAGACCCAUUUUUAUAUGAAAACAGCUAUGACGACUACGAUGGUAAAACAUUCUGCCGUAAUCAGCUCUCGGCGGCUACAGCUAAUCACUACAAUACAGCCUAUGCAGAACCUGACGUUAAGAAAUCUCAAGACCAUCCCCAGAGAACCAGCACAAAGAAACACAACCCCCGUGGGACACAUCUGUGGGAGUUUAUUCGAGAUAUCCUGCUUACACCUGAAAAGAACCCUGGCUUGAUAAGGUGGGAAGACCGCUCCGAGGGGGUGUUCCGAUUCCUCAAGUCCGAGGCAGUGGCACAACUAUGGGGAAAGAAGAAGAACAACAGCAGCAUGACCUACGAGAAGCUGAGCCGCGCCAUGAGAUACUACUACAAGAGAGAGAUCUUGGAGCAUGUCGAUGGGAGGCGUCUGGUCUACAAGUUCGGGAAGAACGCGCAAGGAUGGAAGGAGAACAACAGCUGAAGCCCACUAAUGGAACACUGCAGACACUGACUAAUUUAUUUAUAUGGGGGGCACAAGAAGACGCGGGGAUUAAAGACUUGGCGCCACUUCUCUACACUCAGGAGAAUGAUUAUGUACACAGUUUUCUGUGACUUGCAAUAUUUUAUAGGAUUUUGCUGCAUUGCAUGGGUAGCUCUUGGAUGUAAUAACGCUGGAUUAUUCUCUUAUAAUUGUCUUGGUUCCGCUUUGUAUGUACAGUACGCUAUGUAAAAAAUUUCUUUACAGAUUUUGCAAUAUCAUUGAAGGCAGCUGCAUCAUAAAAGGGGUUUCCCGGGACCCUGUGGUCCCCACAAACCCACCUAACUUUGUAGGAGAAAGUCUGUAAUAUACUUACUGUAUCGAGGUUGCGUGGUCACACAACGAUCCUCUCCCGACGUCACGUCCUUUACCAGGUUUCCGGCCUCAGCUAUGGACGGUCACUUCUUCUGUGGACGGGGCCCAGGGGCGCACCACCAAUGAGGCCAGGUGAGGCGAUCGCCUCAGGCAGCACCAGGUAGGGGCAAGAGAGGGGCAGCCAAAGGGCCAUAGGCAAAAUGGAAGGGGUUAGGUUAAAAAAUUGGCAUCGGGGGUUGGGGCGUCAUUUCGGUUUUCACCUCAGGCAGCAGAAAGGCUAGGCGCACCCCUGACGGGGCCACAACUAUUCCUGAAUACUCCUGAACACACCUCAUCUGCACAUGCACCAGGGAGAGGAAUAGUUCUGACCCCAUCUACAGCAGACGUGAUGUCCCAGCCCAAGCAGAAAACCUGGUAAAGGACGUGACGUAGGCAGAAGCAGGAUUUUCAGAAGAGGAAUGUCCUGAGACUGUGUUCCCAUGUGACCAGUCCUACGGUAAGUAUAUUACAAACUUUCUCCUACAAGCAUAAUAUGUGUGAUUGAGGCGGGGCCCUCUGGGUACCAGAAUAUCCCUUUAAAGGGAUAUUUUGGUCACAGCAAAUAAAGCUUAUUGAUUGAUGGUUUUCAAGAUCUCUGCUUGCUGUCAGAGAAUGAGAACCUUUGCAAUUUAGCAGAUGGAAAUCUGUCCUGUUGACGUGAUGAUCACACUAGUGCAGGGCUUGUUCCAGUGAGAGCACAGUUGCGUUUUUGAAUGGGCGAUCAUUACGUGAUCAGGACAGACGUCCAUCCUCUGGAAAUCAACAACAAAAGGUUUCCAUUCACUGAAAACCAGUAGGAAUUGAUACACAAAUGAUAUUAACUGUAACAGUAAAAAAAUAAAUCUACUGAAACCAUAAAAUAUCAAGUUUAAAAGGG